CUCAACUAGAAACCCCUUUCCCAACACGUGGACUCUAGGUGGCGGAGGCUAGAUAAGCCAUGGAAGUUCUUUAUUGGGACAAGGGGAUUUUGAUCACAUUAUCACCUCUCUCUGGAGGCUAAAAUAGGUAAGAGGAGAGAAACUAGUUUCUUCUUGAGAGAGAGCCACCAUUACCCAGUCCCUCUCGUCAAUAUCACCACCAUCGUCUCAUUUAGAGCUUAGCUAGGCGACGGGCAGAACAAGGGGUUGGUGGUCAUAUAAGGUAUGGUGAUCCCUCUUCUUAGAUUUGGGGCAUUUUAUGUUCUGGUCAUGGGAUUCAUCCUGAAAAGUGUGGGCGAGCAAAGCUUAUUUGAGAAGAUGGUAAGGAAUGAGUUGCAUGGGUAAAGCUAGAAAUUUAAAUGAAUCUCCAUUAGUGGGUGAUCAUUAAGUUCAGUGGCGGAUCUAGGGGUGGCCACCCCUUGCCCCGGCCUAGCCCUCCUUUGGAUCCAUAGUUAGUAUAGGCCUUAUGAAUUUUUCGAUUUUAGAUAUUCGGGUCGUUGUUAUUUUAAAAUAAGAUUGGGUAUAAUUAGAAAAAUAAUUCAGAUGAACAUAUUCAAAAUCGCUACUCUAAAUUUAGCUUAUAAAUUCUAACCCCAAAGGUUAUUCGUCUAAAAAAACAAUGAAACCUAAAAAUUCAAAAAGUUUAAAACGUAAAAGACUAAAACAUAUAUGAGGUUUGUUACCUUGGAAAAUUUACUAUAGCAGCUGGUGGAUAUAGGGAUGGAAACACAAUGCAAAUUGAUUAGUAGAUUGAUUUGUCUAGUGUUGAUGCUCCUCGUUUCAACAACUAAUACGAAUAGAACCUUUUCAAUAACGAAACAUGUGAAAAUUGAUUUGCAGCAAAAUGAGCGAUGAAUUUCUAGUCGAUUGCUCAAGUAUUUUAUUUGAAACAGUGUAUACUAUUGGGAUGGAUGUGGACUUCAUUAUUAAUGCAUUCGCUAAAUUUAAAUACCGUCGUGUACAAUUUACACUGUAAAAAAAUUAUGAUCAUUAUAUUUUUUUACUAUUCUAGUUUUCUAAUAAAAUGUGGCCCAGUUCACUUCUGUGUUUUGGAUCCGCCGCUGAUUAAGUUAGGGAGAAUGGAUUUCAGCUUGUGGGAAAGAUAAACGUUGGUGGGAUGGAAAUGUAUAAACAGAAGUAUAUUACCUAUACAUGGUUGUUUAUGUGGGGUAUGAGCCCUUGAUUGACUAGGAUUGGGAGUUGUUUGUCCCAUAUGAUACUGAGUUAAAGAAAGUAUAAAGAUAAUUAAGCAAUUAAGUAUAUACGGAGUGGGAGUGGAAUAAUACAUGGAGAUGUUUUUGGGAAUCCUUGGAUUGGAUUAGUUAAUUAAUUUAUUUUGAAUCUUCAAUGUAUGCUAGCCCUCUUGCUUUAACGAUAUGAUAUUUAAUUGAGUAAAUGAUUUAAGUGAUGUGGGUGAGUUGCUAGCCUAUUAAACGUGAUUAAUUGAUUUUGUGUAAAGGAAUGCAACAAGCAGGAGAAUCAUCGAAGCAAAAGGGAGUAGCUGAAUAAAAAUCGUAUUGUGAGCAAUUCUUAACCUAAUAUAUAUUUUAGUAUGGGCAUGGUAUUCGGGUCAUGAAGCGGCCCGGAUAUGUGGACUUGUGAUAGAUCGAUAAAUGAGCUAUGAAUGAGUAAAAGCUUAUAUGAUGAGAAUUGAUAAUGUGGAUAUGUAUGAGUUUGCUAUUUUCAACGUGUAUUGAUGAAUGAGCUAUGUGAAGAAUGUAUUGAUGUGCAAUUGAGAUGAUUGUGUAUAGCAUCAAUGAGUAUAUGAUAUGAUAUGUGUGCCUACGGGCUUAUGACGAGAUGCUUUACAUGAGUAUUGUCUAACCCGUGAACUACGUGAUCACCUAAUAAAAAUAUAAUGGCGCCUUGUUAUGCACUCAUGAAAAGAAAAAGAGAAGAAAAGAUUUAUACGAGAACUCCCUAUAAGGAGUAUCGCCAGGCCUAGCUACGAGUUCACGAGGUAUGGCACUUCGUGCCCACGAGAUUACGAGUUCAUAAGAUAUGGCACUUUGUGCCCACGAGGGUAUGAGAUUUGGCAUUUUGUGCCUACGAGAUUACGAGUUCACGAGAUCGAGGGGAGUGCAUAACUUGGCAUUAAAAGUAAAAUGUACAUAACCUAGCUAACUAUGCUUGUGUUUGAGCCUUGGUACAAGGAUUUCCUGUGAUGUGGCUAAGUGAUGUUUCCUACGAUGUGUUUAAUAGAUUGUUCAUGAGAUUGGCGUAUAUAUGUGAAGUCUUUACUGGGAGUGUUCAUGCAAUGAUUCAUUAUGAGAUUGUGUAGUUGCUACAUGCCUCCAUAUGUUGCUGAUUAUAUGGUGAUACAAAAAUGAUGUGUUAGUGAAUGUUUUACCUAGAAUAGGGUUUGAUAUGAGUACCUCAAGGGUAAGUGUGUAUGAUAUGAGAACCGCUUAGAUUGGUUAAUGAACCUUGCAUACAUAGUUGGGUAAAGUACCAUUUAAGCUACUAGAUUCGUUAAGUGAACUUAAGCCCUUGGUGUACCUGAUCACCGUGCGCAACUGGAGUAUAUAUUGGGUUAUUGAUUACUCAUUGAGUGGCGUCUCACCCUCGCCAAUAUGUUCCCUUUUAGAUACAAAGAAACAACAGAGCCUCGGUCGAACCAUUGAAGUCAGCCGGAUGGCUGAAAGGUGUGCGGCGGAACUGCACUCUCCACAUGUUUUCACUUUUGAAGUCGAACUAAAUGUUUUAACUCUUUUAAGCUUGUGUACCCACUGAAUGUUAAACUACUAUGUUGGGUUUUCACUUUGUUUUAAACUCAAACUUUGCACCGUUUGGUGUUCUGCUUUUGGAUGCUUUGGGGAAACUAGCUAAAAUUUCCUAAGCAGGUGAUGUAACCCGUAUGCUAGUGUUAUGUCCAGGUCUGAAUGUGAAGGUUUAAUGAGUAUAUAAUGUGAUGAUGUUUCCAAUAGUACGAGAAGAAGUAGUAGGAUGUUACAAGAAGUAGUAGGAUGUUACAAGAAGUAGUAGGGUGUUAAAAAAUAAUAUUUGACGGGGCAUAAGUAACUAAUAUAUGUAUUAUUGACUUCCAUUACCUCCAAAUUCGCUUCCGUGAAAUCGUAAAUUGAAUCCCAGGGCAAAGAAAUAGAUAAGGGAAAAGAAAUCGAAUCUCAAAGGAGGCUGGGAUGGUCCUUCUCCAGGUCGUGAUCUCUUCGCCGAUGUUUUAGUUCUUGCCAUUGUGCAAAAUCCCUGAAGCACAGACAAAUAUCCAGUAAGCACAGACAUAUAUCCAAUAUACCACAGACAAUUAUCCAUGAAUAAUAUUAUCAAUAUCUGGACAACAUAGAAUUAACAUCAUAGAAGUAAUAUCCAGAAACAACAAAAAGAAAUAUCCAGACAUAGUAUAACAAAUAUCUCAACCGCAUAGAACUAAUAUAAGUGAACUAACAUCCCUAUAGGGCAGACAAAUAUCCAGACAGAGUAAACAGAUAUCCAUGCAUAGCAUAACUAAUAUAUGAACAAUCAAUUACAGAAAACUAUCCAUAUCAUUAUAAAGUAGUAUCCGAGGCCUGCUAACUGUUAUCCACCAUGAAACAAACUAUUAUUCCACGAAUCAGAAAUAAAAAAUAUCAACAUUAACAUCAAGUAGUUUUCCUAAUCGAACCCAAUAUCCCCCAAAUCCAAUCCCAGAUCCCCAAAUAAAAUCCUAGAUCCCAGUCGCACAUAAUCCCAUAUCUAAUCUAAGAUCCUAGUCGCAUAGAAUCCCAAAUCCCAAUUGCACAGAAUUCCAAAUCCCAGCGGCGCAUAACUCCAGAUCCCCCAAAUCGAACCCAGGAUUCCUCAAAUCGAAUCUCAAAUCCCCGAAUCAAAUCCAUGAAACCACAUAGUAGAAUCAAUGAAUUAGGAGAAAGGAAGACGCCUACAUGAACAACCUUCUUCUCCUCGUAGCUGGCGUCAUGCACGUCUUCUUCCUUCUUGUUCGACCUACAUCUUUUUCCUUCAGGUACCGCUACCAUGAGGAACUACCACAGCUAUCGUCAUCGCCAAGCACCAUCGUCUUCGUCUUCCUUGUGUCGUCAUCUUCUUCUUUGCAUCCCUUGCGCCGCCGUCUUGCUCGCAAUCCUCGACGAAGAGGUUUUUGUGAGAGAGAAAGCAAAAUUUUAAUGGAGAGGGUAGAUAAAGGAAAUAGAUGAAAUGAUGAAGAGAGAAGAAGAGACCAAAUAAAAUGAUUUUUUUUGGAUUUUUGGGCCCCACUUUUCCCUGCAGUUAGAAAGUGGGCUUGGGCCAGCCAAGUUAGUCAGUCUCUCCUCCACUUACAUUUCGGCGUCACUACUCCACCACCCUCCAACCGCGAAUCGACGAUGUGGCCAUCAAUCUGGCCUUGUCAGUAUCUCCUAACUCCUAAGUCCUAACAAAACACCCCGUUAACCCCAUAACUAUAUAUCAACAAAGAUGCUCCAAAGCCAUGCUCCUCCUUAACAGAAGAAACCUAAAAUUCCCCUGAAAUCCAUCAUCUCUAAGACUUCAGCCCUCUUUUAAUCCUCGCUACUCGCUUCGAUUCUAUCCAACCAAAUCCGCUACAGAAUUUUCCUCUUGAUGUAGAAACCCAAGACCACCAAGUUGAAGAACUAGAACCCUCCAAAACCACUUACUAGACUAGAAAAAUUCACUACCUCUGCAACAAAUGUCGGAGAGCCGACGAAGCCCUUCGUUUCCUCGAAAACCUUCGUCUCCGAGGCUACCACCCGGAUUCUCUCAACCUCAAUAGCAUAGUCCACAGGCUUUGUCUGGCCAAUCGUGUAAAAUACGAUAAUGCGGAAAGGGAAAAGAAAUUGGACACAACGAUUUACAUGGUUUCCCCGUUCGAUGUGAACGAGACUAUUCCAUGGAGAGCACAAAGCUCUCGAGAUUAGUUUUAUUAUUUUCACUCUUCUUUUGAAUACAGCCGCCCAGUACAAGGGGUUUUAUACCCGAAAACCAAACCCUAAACUCCUAUACACAUGCAACGCGGAGUAAAGGGAAAUUACUAAGUGAUCCUUAAUUAAAUGAAUAAUUAAGAAUCACUACACUCCCCCUCAAGCGAAGGAGUGAAUGUCAAGAAGUCCAAGCUUGACGAAGAGAUGAUGAAACUGGUCAACACUCAAUCCCUUCGUAAACAAGUCAGCUGGCUGGUCGGCAGUGGCAAUUUUGGCCGGAGAGAUGUCACCAGCCUGCACCCGUUCACACACAAAGUAACAAUCCAUUUCCACGUGUUUAGUGCGUUCAUGAAACACGGGGUUAGCAGCAAUGUGAAGAGCUGCCUGAUUGUCACAAAACAAGGUGGUAGGACUCGCAGACGGCACCCACAAAUCAUGAAGCAGCCAACGCAACCAAAAAAGCUCACUAACAGUACUAGCCAUAGCCUGGUAUUCAGCCUCGGCAGAGGAGCGCGCAACAACUGUUUGCUUCUUCGUACGCCAAGAAAUGGGAGAGCUCCCAAGAGUGAUAAAGUAGCCAGAAGUAGACCGGUGAGUGGUGGGACAACCACCCCAAUCAGCAUCACAGUAGCCUGUUAAAGUAAGCGGCGUAGUAGCUGAAAAGAAGAGACCACAGCCGGGGGAGCCUUUGAGGUAGCGAAGAACACGAACUGCCGCAUCCUCGUGAGCAUGUGUCGGGGACUGCAUGACCUGACUGAGUAUAUUCACGACAUAGGUAAUAUCCGGGCGGGUGACUGUGAGGUAAAGAAGACGGCCCACAAGAAGACGGUAAGUUGCAGGAUCUCGAGCUGGUGGAGAAGCCAAACGACCGAGAGUGUGUUGCUGCGCUAUGGGGGUCGAGCAUGGCCGGGCUGCCUCAAGACCAGCAUCGGCCAAAAUGUCAAGAACAUACUUCCGCUGGUUGAGAACCAGACCUUUGGGACAAGAAAGUACUUGAGAGUCCCAAAGUCCUUGAUAGUGAACUUAUCAUGAAGAAAUGUCUUGACACGCUGAAUGAAGGAGAGAUAAUUACCAGCAAGAAUCACAUCAUCAACAUUGAUGAGAGAGACAACAAAGGUGGAACCAUGCCGAUAAGUGAAGAGAGCAUGAUCAGCUCUGCUCUGAACGAACUUGAACUCAAGUAAGGCCUGGGUGAACUUCUGGUACCAAUUCCGAGAAGCCUGACGCAGCCCAUAGAUCGAUUUGUGCAACCUGCACACACGAGUAUCACCAGGCUUGGCAAAUCCUUGGGGUAUUUACAUGUAUACUUCCUCCUCCAAAUCGUCGUGGAGAAAAGCGUUGUUGACAUCGAGUUGAUGGAUGUGCCACUCACGCGUCACAGCUACGGUAAGAACAGAGCGAACAAUGACCAGUUUUGCGACAGAAGCAUAAGUAUCAUGAAAGUCAACCCCUUCAAUCUGGGUAUAACCUUUGGCGACCAAACGUGCCUUGAAACGCUCGAUGGACCCAUCGGGAUGGAACUUGAUCUUGUAAACCCACUUGGAAGCGAUAGCUUUCUUUCCAGGUGGUAAGUAAACUAGUGACCAAGUACCAUUUUCUUCAAGUAUCUCCAUUUGCAUUGCUUUGCGCCAAUACUCGUAGCGAACUGCCUGAGAAAACCGAGUGGGCUCAUGAAUCCCCGUAACCGCGGCAACAAAGGCGUUAUGGGCCAUCAAAAGACGGUGGUAACUGAGGUAAUCAUCCAAGGGGUAACGAGCACAAGUAGAGUGAGCUGCCUUGGGAAAUUGCACAUCAUAUCCCUCUAACCGGACGGAAGGCUUGCGCACCCGAUCGCUACGUCGGGGGGGGGGGGGGGGGAGCAACAACUGGCUCGGCAGGUGCAUGGGGACUGCCCGCCGAAGGAGAGGACGUAUCUUUCAUUUCCAAAGGGAAAGGAGGCUAUGGGGAGUCCGUGGGAGCAGCAUUUAAAUCCGAGGAGGCCAAAGGGUCUGGCGUGGCCGAAGGAGAGUCGGGCUGGGCAAUAUCCAGCUCGUCGUGGUUGGGGAAGGCAAGGGUUGUGUCCUCAUCAUAGAGUGCAGCUGGCAUGGAAGGUCCUGGUGGCAAAGGAACCGGUCGAGGCGUAGAAGGAGGAAGAUCUCGAUAAGGGAAUAUAUGCUCAAGGAACUUAAUAACGUGAGGUAUACACUUGCUUCUUCUCAAGAUCAUAUAUGCGGUAGCCUCGCUGAGCCAUAGGAUAACCCAGAAACACUCCCAUACCUCCUCGAUCACCAAACUUGUGUAAACUGUGAUGAGUAUAGCGGGCAUAGACCAAACAACCAAGCUCCUUAAGUGACUAUAACUCGGCUCCUUGCUAAAAAAAAGGUGAUAAGGAGAUUUGUUCCCAAUAGGCACCAAGGGAAGACGAUUUAUGAGAUAAGCGGCGGUGAGGACACAUUCUCUCUAAAACCGCAGUGGGAGAUUAGCAUGAAAACGCAGUGCCCGAGCUGUAUCGAGUAAAUGGCGGUGCUUACGUUCAACAAUACCGUUCUGCUGUGGAGUGUCCGUGCAGGAAGUUUGAAGAAUAAUACCAUUGCUCUCGUAAAACUCGACCAACUGUUUGCUAGAAAAUUCGGCACCAUUAUCGGCCUGUAUGCGCCGAACUUGCCCGCCAAACUAUGUUUGAACCAUGUUGCGGAAAUAUAAGAGAUGACGACCUGCAUCAGAUUUAUAUCGCAUCAAAAAUACCCAGACUGCACGGAUGUAGUCAUCCACAACGGUCAAAAAAUAAUGUGCUCCCGAAGUAGAAGCCGUCUUAUAACUCCCCCAUAUAUCCACAUGUAUUAACUCGAAACAUGUUUUGGAUUUAAUUGUACUGGGAACAAAAGGAGCCCGAGUAUGCUUAGCACGCAAACAAGAGUGACAGGGUUCCUUAUUCUGAACAAAAACGCAAUCAACAAGUUUCUGCAAAACUUUCAUUUUUCCAAACGAAGGAUGUCCAAGGCGCGCAUGCCACAACUCCGAUGUCUCUAAAGCACUCCUGACACUGUUGGCCAUGAUAUGAUCUCCAUCAAACAACCGGAGAAUGUAAAGACCAUCGACGUGCUUACCCAUCCCAAUCAGCCUCUUGGAAGGUAAGUCCUUAAUUACAGAGAAGUCACGUAAGAAGAUCAAUGCAACUGGCAGAUCUCUUGUAAGCCGACUAACAGAUAGGAGGUUGCACUGAAAGUCAGGAACAUGUAGCACACGACCCAAAAUCAAAUCAUUAUACAAUUUAGUCGAGCCAAUACUGUGAACUUUAACACCUGUACCGUUAGGAAUUUUCACCUGCAAGGCCGGACAAGAAUCCGUCUCGACAUCCAACAAAGAGUUGUGGUUAACAAUGUGCUCAUUGCACCCGGAGUCUAUGGUCCAUGUUGUCGACAUAUAAGAUUGUGACGAGAACAUACCUGCCAUAUUUGAGGAAGGUUCGAUGGCACCCGGCGAGGAAUGAUGAAACUCGGACGCAAGCAUUGCCUUUAACUGGGCAAAUUGCGCCGUAGUUAUGCCUGGAAGGGAGCUCUCGGCCACAUCCACCUGUGCUGCUUGUGGCGAUGAGUGCGAGUCCCGAUCAGCACGGGGACGAGAAAGUUGUUCGGACGACCUGUUGUUGCUGCACGUGGGGUAGCCAACAAGCUGAUAGCAUGUUUCCUUCGAGUGACCACGGCGACGACAAUGGGAGCAUCGCGGACGAUCUUCUGGCUCACGAUCAAAACGCGCAUCACUAUUAGACCGAGUGGAUGAUCCAUCGGAGCGAUCGGUUCGCCUCUCCCCUUGAGCUUGGAAGGCCGAAGCUUCUGGCCGAGGGCAACGAUGAUGAGCUAUUUGCCGCUGUUGUUCGUCGUUCAUGACGAGCUGAUAAGCUUCUCCAAGGCUCGGUAUGGGCCUCAUAGCUAGGAUUUGAGAUUUCACAGUAGCAAAAACAUCAUCCAAUCCCAUUAAAAAAUCAAAUAGCCUCUCGUUCUCACGUACCUUGCGCUGCCGUUUCUUGACGUCACAGCUGCAGCCUGCACACGUACACUCCAAUGAGGGAGUUAGGGACUGGAUUUUGUCCUAAUAGCCGCGUAAUUUUGUGUAAAAUGAGGAAACGGAGGAUUUUUCCUGCUGCAGGCUAAUGAUAGUGCUUUUGAGCUCGUAGAUGCGUGGUGCACUGCCGUGGCUGAAGCGGGACUGCAAAUCCACCCAUAUCUCGCGCGCAGCUGUAGCAAAACGUACACUGUCACGUACCUCGUUGGUCAUAGAAAUUUUUAACCAGCCCUUGACCAUGGCGUUGCACUGACGUAAAGCCUCUGUCUCGGCUUAUCCUUGUGGAAGCGGUAGGGUUCCAUCCACGAAGCAAAGCUUGUUUUUCGCAAUAAGCGAGUUAGUGAUGUCGACGACCCAUUCACUAUAGUUUACGUCGUUGAGUAGCUCCCCCACAAACUGACUGUUUGGGCUGUCGGAGUUAUGGAGUAUGAGAUGCGGCGGCAAAGUAGGCGGAUUCAUGGAGCCGCCAGCGCCGCCAGACUUGAGCUUCGAGGGUUGUUCCUUCUCGUCGCCCGAACUCAUGAUGAUGACAGCUAGGUCUAAUUAACCAGCUUUGGUACCAUGUAAAAUACGAUAAUGCGGAAAGGGAAAAGAAAUUGGACACAGCGAUUUACGUGGUUUCCCCGUUCGAUGUGAACGAGACUAUUCCACGGAGAGCACGAAGCUCUCGAGAUUAGUUUUAUUAUUUUCACUCUUCUCUUGAAAACAGCCGCCCAGUAUAAGGGGUUUUAUACCCGAAAAGCAAACCCUAAACUCCUAUACACAUGCAACGCGGAGUAAAGGGAAAUCACUAAGUGAUCCUUAAUUAAAUGAAUAAUUAAGAAUCACUACAAAUCGCUACAAGGAAGCCCAUCACUGGUCCUGUCUGUUCUUGGACUCUGGUUGUAUCCCUGAUGAGCGUACUUGUAGUGUGAUCAUAUCUAGGUUGCUCGAUUCGAGAUGCCCAUCUGAUAGUUUGAAUAUUCUGUGGCGUUUGGUUGGUGUUAAGCCUGAGUUUGCUCCUUUCUUGGUUAAUUACACCCGGUUAAUUUAUUGUUUUGCGAGGUUUCGUUGCCUGGAGUUGGACAUCGGGCGUUUCUCGAUAUGGUGAGUAGAGGGAAUUGCCCAAAUGUGGUUUCUUUCACGACUUUGAUUGACAGGUAUUGUAAGAUUGGAGAACUUGGUCUUGUGUAUAAUGUGUUUGAUGAAAUGAUUGAAUAUGAUCGGGUGGUCCUGAAUUCUCUCACUUAUGGUAUUGAUUCGAGGAGGCUUGAGGAGAAGAGAUAUUGAAAAGGGGAGAGAAUUGAUAUCUUUACUCUAGAGGAGGAUGAAGGAGGAAGAGGAUCAAUCUCUGAAUGCAGCUCCUUUUGCAAAUUUGAUUGAUGCCUUGUACAGAGAAGCUUUUACAAUGAGAGUAGAAGAAGCCAUGGUGCUUCAAGGGUUGUUUAUAUAUUGCGAAAUCGAAGAUUUGUUCCCAGCCAAGUGUCGUAUGAAUCUAUUGUCCACAGACUUUGCAAGGAGAGGAGUUACCCAAGGGCAUUCUCUGCGAGGAAAUGGACAUAUGCAAAACGAAAGCAGUUCUAGAGAUCAUGUUGAAUAAGUCAGGGUUGGACAAACCGAGAAUGUAAAAUAUAUACUUAACAGCGCUUUGGCAGUUGAAUAAUCCCACUGAACUCUUGAAUGUGGUAAUGUUACCAUGCUAGACUAAUUGUCAACGUGAUUUGGUGUUAGACCUAAUGUUGUGACAUAAAACGGAGUUCUUCGUUGUCUAUCCCAACUCAGGUUGUCAAAUGAUGCUAUGGCUAUGUUCGAGAAAAUGAUAAUUGAUCAUGUGGACACAGACAAUACAACUUAUAGUAUAGU